GAUAUCGCGGCAUGACAAUCGAAAAAAGCCAGCAUGGCUGGUUUGUUUACAUUUUUAGAAUUUACAAGUUUGCUAAUAAAAAUUUUCUUUUCAGGUAUUUCGCGGCUUUCUGCCAACAGGAUUUGGAGUUGCCGCAUCCACAGGAAGACGUCCAGUGUUGAUGGAGGUGUACCAGCCAGCGGAGUCGGCGGAGUUAAGUAGCAGCCAGUUUCCAAUCCACAGGGGAGAAAGGGUGGUUGUUGCAGCACGUGUCAGCCUCAUUCAAAGCCUCUGGAGAGUCCGGAUUAAUGUGGUUGGAUACAGCCAGCUGUAGAUUAGCGACGCCAACUUCAGGAGAGUCCACCGUCGGUUGUUGGCUAAUUUGCCACUGAGUUUGCUGUGAAUACUGGAUGCACACUGACCCCAAGGGAGCAGUGGCAGAAGGAGCUGGUCCAGCUGGAUGUGAUAAGGACUCAUGAGAGCAGGAGGCGCUAAUCAAGGAUGUAGUGGAGACCAGUUCUUUAGCGACUUCAAAACAACCCGAACCAGUGGCCGCGGAGGAUCCAGUAAAGUCAGCUCGGGGCAAACCAGUUGUAGAGCAUUCAGCAGUACUGCCCAAGGAGUCCAGAGGUGCAGAAACUGGAGUGUCGUUGUAAACAGUGGAAUCAUCUCGUCUAUCUGCAGAUUUGACCGCUUGUCUGCGUUGGAGCCGGAGCCCGCAGCUGUACCGGAUUCAGCUGAUGAGUUUGGAGAGUCCGGGCUAGCGCUGCUGUUGUUUUUUGGCGGCAGCAGAUUUCGGAGCAUAGAAUCCAGUACCAAGGGAGAUUGCAGUCAGCUGUUGGAGAGUAGUUUGUCGCAGUUCCUGUGUGUGAUGAGUCCAGUUUGGCCCCAUUUCUGUUGUCCCAGACAGCGGGCGAGCUAUAAAGGCUUCGAGAACGCUUGGAGCUGCAGCUUGGUGAUGAGUAGUGGGCGAGGGUGGAACAAUUUGGUGAUACUCUUCUCUCACACCAGGAGUGAGUAGCACCGCCGCAUCAGUUGCUGCCGACGAUUCCAAGGGAUCCGGAUUAGCGCCGUCAAUGAUUUGGUCGAGGGGCAAUCUUGGAGCAGCAUCACUGUUGGUGUGUGGACAUCUAGGAGUGACCUUCGUUGAAACCUGUAAAUUUGAGUGAGAAAAAUUAGGGGUGACGGCCAUGGUUUUUUGGACCGCCACAGAUAAAUCUGUAUCAUAUGAAUCUAAUAGUUCUUCUUCCAGGUACAGUUUCAGCCUGUUCAGGCCAGCUUGAAGCUGCUGCUCUGGAGUUGGCGUGCGGACCUCGGAUGGUAAUAGCGGGCUCAUAAUAAGCCUCUGGAUGUACUCUGGCUGAAACCUGAUGAUAUGGGCCAUGUCUACACGGCUAAUCGUGCCACUCCUGACUGACCGUGACAUGUUGUUGACCCAGUCCAUCGACGGCCUUUCCUGGGGUACGCCGGUCGCUAACGCUAGUGCCUGUUUUUGCCUAGCCUGGCUUUCACGUUGUUCUAUGCGCAGCUGUGCUUGCUGUAGAUUACGCUGUUCGUGUUCUUGUUGUUUAAGGCGAAUUAGAGUUGGAAUUUGCUGCUGGUGUGUUGCCGGUUGCUGUAGCAGUAAACGCCGCAAAGGCUCAAAAUGUU